AUGUGUACCAGGGGAAGCAGGGAUGUGUACCAAGGACGCAUUGUUGAGAGGGAAGGAAUUGCCAUCGGUGUCUUCUUCAUGAUAGCCUUGCAGCUGUUUGGCUUCUACAAGUCGGUGAAGCUUCCACCUAGGCCACGUACCAAGCCUUUUGCCAAGUUCCUUCCGAUUCACUUGCCGCAGAAGCUGCUGAGGCUGGUGCAGCCCGGAAACUGGAGCAAGCAGCGAGGCUUCCUCAUCGUCGCCAACCUCUUGGCGCAGUUCUUGUUCCGGGAGUGGAAGGACAGCAUCUUCUUGCGCAGGUUGCUCCUGAGUGCCAUCAGCAAAGGUCUCCAGGAAGCUCAACGUGGCGCGGCCGGAAAGAUAUUCGAGAGAAUCCAAGAAGUGGACAUCUUCAUCAGCCUGGACUACGCCGGCGGCGUGACUCUCGCCGUGGACGCCGAGCUCAUCAUCGGCGGCGUGGCUUCGCUGGCGGUCAAGGUGAACCACUUCUCGGCCAAGAGCCGCCUGCAGUUCUCCAGGAAGCCCUACACGCACUGGUCGUUCGCCUUUUACGAGGUGAAUUGUUCCGCUGAACGCGAGGCGAGGCUGCCAUCACAUCCCGCCUUUUAUUAUUCUGUGGUUCUAUGCCACAUCAUCAUUACCGUGCUUCUGCGAUGCUCUAGCAUUAACAUUGGGAAAUGGCGUCGACCUACAACCCUAAUUCUGACUCUCCGACAGGAACCAAAAAUCGUGAUCUCUGUGGAAUCCUCGCUCCAGGGCCAGAGCUUCCCACAAAUCGCUAACAUCAUCACCUCAACGAUCAAACGAACGCUGCGCAACAAGCACACGAUCCCGAGCUACAAGAUACGCAUCAAGCCAUUCAUCCUGCUGCCGGACUUGCGUAUCGCGCCGCCGCUCCAGGAAAAGGUCAGUCACAGCGGCAAGCUCGAGGUCACCGUGGUCGAGUGCUCGAGGCUCGUACUCUGCGAGGGAUCCUUCCAGCUGUACUGCAUGGUCUCCAUUGAGGACUCGCAAUGGAUCAACAUGGACAACAUUGUCGGCACGUCUUGGAUACCCAUCGAACUCGAGAUAAACAAGGAAAGAGGCCACGCCACUGGAGUCGAACUUAAGGAGAAAUUAAUAGAAGGAAGGUUUCGGGAAUGUGUCGUCGUGGACACCAUAGCGCCGAACUCUCCCUUUGCAGCUGGUGGACUUGUCGAGGGAGAUCUCGUGGUGUCGAUCAAAGGCACGGAUGUGACCGACAUUAAGCAAGCCUACAAACUCUUGGCCAAACACGGUGAAAAAGUCACGAUGAAAGUGGAAAGAAAGUCGGAAUUCAAAUGGCACAAGCAAGCCGCACUGGAACAGCAGCCCCAAACUCACAAGACUGGCGAUCAAACAGGGCCAGCCCCGGGAGUAUCCGCGAUAGAGGAAACCAAAACCAAGAGUACCUUCGUCACCACGAAGACAACACUGGCUAGUCUACUCGGUGGCCAAAAGACGAAGAAAAUUGGCGACAGCGAGGACAUUCAGACGCGAGCGAAAUCUAGGAACCAGCCCAUCGAGCGCACUCAGUUUGUUCUGUCGACGAGGGACCCUGUUUUCCUGGAAAAAUUCACGAUGGAAAUAAAGAACAACUUGAAGUUCAUCAAUGUCGGCAUAUUCAGCAAAGGCCAGAUCAUCAGCCUGCAUGGUAUGAAGAAAAGACCUUCUGAUACCAUGUUGGCUUAUAACAGUAUCCCGCUCACGUAUGUCCUGGACGAAUGUCAGAAGACCACGCAGGGAUUUUUCGGUCCGGUGAUCAAGCUGCUCUGCCCCGAAUUCCAACAACUCCCGAAGGACCUUAUCAAGUACUCCACGCUCAACGGAUUUGACCCGCGGCUGUGUUACGGCGACAUCACUCUUCACUUCGUCUUCAAAGGAGAGUACAAAUUCAAGGGCGGUCCCCAGCAGGAGGUGGAGGAAGAGCACGACCUGAUGGGACUCGAAUCCAGCUGGUCAUCCACCAUGAAGACUCAAGCCUCGAAAAGCUUGACCCAUGUGUUCGAGGACGUCGCCCUCAAGAAGAUCGUUGUCUGCAAGUUCUGUGACAACCGGAUCUGGCUGGGUUACGGAUGCCGCUGCAAGGAAUGCAACAUGAUCGUGCACAACAAGUGCCACCCACUGGCGCAGCAAAAAACGUUAUGCAAGCAAAAAACUUGGCCGGACGAGGAUGCCGUUGAGAGCGGUAAGGACGACUUUUUGUGUCUGUCUUGGCAUCGGUGAAUGUUCUUUCCUUUGGUGUAGCUCCGCUCUGCAAGCACCUCUUUUCUUAAGUUAUUCAAAGAAAGCGAUAUAACGUUUAACUAAUCACUGCCUCCGUUCUUUAAAUUGGAUAUAAAUAUUUACGUCACUCCGUUUCUAUCUAGAAAAAGAAGAAAAGG